AUGGAUAACACCUCAAAAAGAGAAUUACUCUCUGCUAACGUUUAUCAAACCUGCAAUGACGAAUAUAAAAAAAAUGUCAGAAUUAACCAUUUAUCCAACAAUAUCAUAUCAAAUGGCGAAAUCCUAUCUCCUGAUGAAAUUCUAUCUGAUCAAAAUCCAUUCAAAGAAAAACUAGAUAUCCUAAUCAAAAAUAGAGACCAAUUUCCUAUCAACAUUCAACUACCUUCUUCCGAUUUAUUAAAAUCCCUACAUUACUAUAUUGGAAUGUCCUUUAACGACAUCCUAUCAAAAAGCGAAAAUCACAAUUCUCUCUCGACAAAUUUAAAUAGUCAAAAAAAAACAUCUUUAGAUUCAGGUUUAAAAAAAAAUCAAAUAAUUGGACUGUUGCAUACUGAAUCACAAAUCGAUUCGGAUUUAGAUUCAUAUUUCGAUUCAGAUUUUGAUUCAGAUUUCGGUUCAAGUUCCACCAGUAUCAACAACAUAAAUCACACCAACAAAAAUCAAAAAAAUCAAAAAAAUCAAAAAAAUCAAAAAAAUCCUUCAAUUCCAUUACAAAAGAAAUCAAACCUCAUUAAUUUAAAAAAAUUCGAAAGGAGCUUAGAUGAAAGCGCGUUAAUCACAAUUGGUGUUCUAGUUGAAAAUUAUCUAGAAGAAAUGAUUGGUGAAGGCUACAAAAUGUAUAUGGAACCAGAAGAUAUCUCAUAUUCUGAUUCUGAUUCUGAUUCCGAAUCUCAAAAAAAGUUUCAAAAUAAAAAAAAAGCUUCCAAAAAUGAUUCAAAUAUCUCAAAAAAAAAAUCUAAAACUAUUUCUGAAAUAGAACCUGACAACAAUCCUCAUAAAAAGAAAAAAAAUACAAGUUCUAUUAUUCAGAGAUUAAAAGAAAAAUAUAAUAACAGCGAUUAUCAGGAUUCUAGUGAUACUGAAAGUGAUUCUGACGCCAAUACUGAUAGUGGUAGUGGUAGUGGUAGUGAUAGUGAUAAUAAUAAUGACAAUAGUGAAAUCAGUAUAUCCAACAAAAAACGAAGUUUUGCCCAAAUUUAA